AUGUCCACUGCUUUGACAGCAGCGAGUAAGCUGGAUUCCAUACUUCACUUGGACUUUCAAAAAUUAUCACAGGAGUACCCUCCUUUACAGCAUUUCUUACAAGAAGGACAUAUUGAUUUUUGGGAUCAAGGUGCUGUUUUAACACUGGCUAAAGCCAUUUUGAAAGUAUAUUUUUCGUUGGAAUUGUCUUUGCCAAAGAACCGAUUAUGUCCUAUGGUCCCUAAUCGUGUUUUGUAUCUAGACUACAUUGAAAGUCUCUUGCAGAGUACGAUAGUUGACUUUGACAAUGAAAAAGUGAUAGGGCUGGACAUUGGAACAGGUGCAUCUUGUAUCUAUCCUUUGCUAGGUUGUAAACUGUACUCAUUCAACUUCUUAGCAACAGAAAUCGAUUCGUCUUCCUAUGAUGCAGCUUGUUCAAACGUUAUGAAUAACCGGUUGGAAGACAAGAUUAAGCUUGAACAUCGUUGUGAAGCCGCUUCUUUUCUCUCGAGAUACCCAAGUGGCCAAGAAUUUACCUUUGUUAUAUGCAAUCCGCCGUUUUAUGGUAGCAACGAAGAAAUUUUCAACAAUAAAGAUCGGCUACCAAAUUCCAUCUGCAGUGGAAGUAAAAAUGAGAUGAUUACGCAAGGAGGUGAGGUUGAAUUUGCAAGGAGAAUUCUUCAAGAAAGUAAAUGUAGACGUGAAAUUUUAUGGUUUACCUGUUUGCUUGGAAAAAAAUCAAGCUUAGCCGAUUUAAUUCACGAUUUGCGAGAUGAAAAGAUUGAUAAUUAUGGAAUAUAUGAAAUUCAUGUGGGGAAAACAAAACGGUGGAUUCUAAGCUGGUCUUUUUCGCGUCGGCGACCAUUGAACCAUUUGAUACGCCCUGCCUUUUUCUCACUUCCUAAACUGCUGCCUAGAAAAACUUUGUAUGAGUGGGAUGUGAGCAUUAAUAAUCAAACUUUUUUUGAGGUACUAGAUGGAUUCUUGGAUAGUAUGAACGUUGAACACAGUCGUUAUCAUGAAAAGGUAGCUAUUUUUUCGAAUGGUAUUUCUUGGUCCCGCAAAGCUAGACGAACGGGUAAGCAUCAAAACCCUUCCCAAAUAAGCAUGGAGGACAGUUUUAGGUGCACAAUCAGUUACGACAAUUUCAAAGGCCAAUGCUGUUGGAAAGAAGGAAAAGACUACUUGGUGUAUGAGAGCUUUUGUUCUACGCUUCAUCGAAAAUAUAAAGAGAGCAGCUCGUCUUAA